AUGGACAGUAAAAAAGUGUGUGUUCCAUGUCUACCUGUACUUUCAGUAGAGACAGGGAAUUUUACUAGAUCUCAGGUGAGCAGUGUUUAACCUGUCAGUUUUCGCGAUGAUUUUCAUAACACUGUUAGGCGUGUGUGAGCGCGGCACUCUUUAUACCUGUUUUGUUAAUUUUGCAAAUUAAUUUUGUUAGAAUAAGUUAAAAAUCAUAAAUUCAAGUUUGUGGUUGUCAGUGAAAUAAAAAUAAUGCAUUAAAAUUAAAACACUUUUAUUUUUUUUAUAAUGAUUAAAAAUAAUAUCUUAAUAUCUUUUUAAAUUAAUUAAAGUAUAAACAUUAAUAAUAUUUUGUAAUAUCUUAUAAACAAUAUUAAAAUUAGUAAUGAUAAAUAUAGUAAUUCGUCAGACUGACAAAAAUCAGUUAUUCGUGACUAAUGAAUUCAACAUUUAAUAGAAAGCAGAAACAUUGAUAAAAUCAAACAUUUAAUUUUGUCUAUAUUUGUACAUAUGUUAAUAAAAGGUAUUUAAAGAUUCACAUGAAAUACCCCAGAAACAAGCCUGUGGUGCCUAUACUUGUUUAAAUAUGAGCAUAGCGCUCUCAUCGCGACAUGAUGGGUUAACUAAGUGGCAAGCAUACUGUUUACAAUUCAAUUUAAAUACUAUUAAAUAUAAUUUUUAUAAUUUUAUAUAAUAAAGUAAUUUUGUGGUUUAUUUUUUUAAAUCCCCUACUAACAGUAGUGUUAUCUUAAACAGCUAUGGAGUUGCUGCACAAGUUUUGUCUAUCGAUCAACUAAGGCCGAUUGUUUCACCAGUCAUCAUGGUUCAUGA